AUGGGCAAAGGCAUCAAAUGGACAACGAAUGAAGACAACCAGCUCGCCCGUUCGUGGGUGUGCACGUCGGAGGACCCCAUCAAAGGCGCCGACCAGACGACGGACUCCUUUUGGGCCAACAACCGGUCGACGCAGAAGUUCUCUGGCUACUAUGCCCAAGUCAAAGGACGUAAGGAGAGCGGAAAGACCGACGAAGAUGCGAUGCAGGACGCUCAUUCUCUACAUCUCUCGUUAGAGCACGAGGUUUUUCAGCAUGAGGGUGUGUGGCGUACGUUGAGCUCGAGUCCAAAGUGGCGCGUGUUGCCACCGAGCAAGAAAUUGGCGCAGCUUGCUGAAUCGUUUGAUGCGAGCGAUGAAGUUGGCGACGGUGGCCCUACUCGCCCAGUUGGUUGCAAAAUGGCGAAGCGCAAGGCGUUGGAGGAGACAUCGGUGGACCUAAAGCUGCAAGAUCUCGUGCGCGUGCAGGAGGACAAGAAUCGACUCUUCGCAGACUAUAUGUUGCUCCAAAUGUUGUUGAACUCAACCUCUCCUCAAGAUGUCGCCACCUUGUCUCAACUAAAAGCUGAUUAUGUCUCAAACCGCAGUCGCACAGAUCAACCAAGUACUGAGUAA